AUGACUCCGGCCCUGCUCUCCCGUCGCCUCAAGGCCUCUUCGGGGGACUCGGGCCUCUCGGAUCUGCUCCCCGGAGCUCCCCGCUCCCCCAGCCCGGCCUCGCGCGGGCGCCCACCGUCCCGGCCCGCAGCCGGCAGGCCCGUCACCAGGCAACAGUCACCACCUCUAAGGGCCUUGGGAAGGCCUACUCUGGCUCGGGGGCGGGGUUACGAGCCAGGGGAGGAACCCGAUCGCGAGCUGGUGGCGGUUCCUUUGACCCCGCGGUUCCGUAUCCUUGGCGGCCAGAGCCGGCUUCGCGGGCCAGGACCGAGCGGGCAGAGUUUUGUGAGCCCUAACGUUGCCUUCUGCCGGAAAACGAGGACAGGAUGCUCUGGUCCUUUUCAAUCUACUCAGCUAUGGGAUGGUAUUAUUCACUCCCUUCAGACUCAAGUUGAAAUAAAAUGGAUACAUCAUUUAUGAACAAGCUAAGACUGUUUAACUGAUUCUGUUGCCGUUGAUGUAGUAUUAAGUCAUCUUAUUUUAAAUAUGUGUCUAAGUAGUAAUGACACCUCUCUUCUUAAAGGAGCUUGUCUUUGCCACAUUCUAAUGAAUCAUAAAGCAUUUGAACCAGUAGGAAUGAAGCUAUUUAAAAAUGAAAAGGAAUUAGAAUCUGAAGUUUCAAACAGUAGUCUCUACAGGUUUCUAGGCAAUAAAUCAUCUUAUAUUUUUUGUGAAAGAAGAAAAGGAUUCUGGGAAUGGCUCCCUGAAAUCCUUUGUGGAAAUAAGGAAUAUGAAAUGAUUUCAAAUCCUCUAGCACAAGAGAUUAGUGAGGAAAGAAUAGAGGAAUCUAUUCAUACAAUGAGUGGGAAUACGGCUUUACCUCCAAAUAUCAUAGUUGACAAACCUGUUCUUUCACUUUCAAAAGAAGGUGUUUGGAAACAGCAGACAUUGCUAUGUAUUUUUUUACUGAUUCACCUUCCAUUCUUGGAAAAUAUUUUGGAGCCUCCUGUUAAAACACAAAAUCUUCAAUUAAGUAAAGUGGAGGAUCUUAUUCUCUCAAACACUUGUCUGGACAAAGAGGUUAUUCCAAGCUUAUGUCUACCUGAGGCUGACAACUGGUUUAUUAAUGCAGCAAUUAAAUGUUGAUACUUCCCUGACGAAUUAUAGUUGCAGUUACUCAGCAGUUAGUACAAAACAGAAAAGACAAGAUUGAGUAUACGGAAGAUACUCUUUGAUGUCAUAGUAAAAUACUGUAAUCAAGAGAGAGAUUGCCUAUUCACUGAUGAGUACUCUGACAUUCAGUCAGGAAUCAUUGAACUUUUAGAAAAUGAGAAAAGAACAGAAGCAUUUGGAGCAACGUAACUGUAUCUAAGAUUAUUACUGCACAACAUUAGAGAAGAGUUAUGAUAGCCACUUACCUUCAUGGCUAUUGUAUCAGAACCUAACACCCACAAGUUACAAAAACAGUAUGAUAACAAAACAGUGGUCCUGAAAACUCUUAUCAAAGCAGUUUUGCAAAUGAGAUCAUUAUUAAAAGUAUGGACAGAACAACUAGUUCGGUUUUUAUUGGAGUAUCACUCUGAGCUAUUCAAGACUCCAGUUACUUUACUGGAUCUGGGUAAGAAACCUCCGAAGCUUCUACAUGCAGAAGAUCCAGAUGCCAUAUGAGGUAGGGCUGAUACUAAUAAUACCUACACAUCUAGACCUGAGGUUACUGAAGACUUUAUGUGGGAAAAACACAAAAAGUUUGGUACAUGGUAUGCACUCAUUUUAAGCUACUACUAUAUUGUUAUUUGA